AUGACGAUAUUAUUCUCCCGACGCACAACAGCAGGGUUAUGGAAUUCAGCGAUCACCUCGGUCAGCCUGACCAUCAAGGUACCCAUGAAGAAGAGGGAAAUGUGCUCGGGAACGACAACAGAAGCUGCUGCCAACAUGUAUUCGCGGGCACGUAACGCCCCCCUUCUAGCCCGUCAUAUCAACAUCCCCAUCAUUAUUCCCCCCCCUCCUCGCAACAACCGCCUCCGCCUCCGCCUCCAACUGCGCGUUCGGAUCCCCAGCAUCACUCGUGCUCAAAAUCCUGCUCCGUUGAACUCCCCCAUCCGGCGAACUCCCAGCCCCAUUGGCAGCGACCUUGUGUUUCUUCCCAUUGGGCAUCCCCCUCUCAAGCUGAUCUCCACUCGGUUUAUCCCCGCCCUUAAUCCUCGUCCUGGCAGCAGCGGCUUUACCUUUGACGUCCUUGUAGGAGGUCGUCUUGGGGACCACGUCCUCGAGGAAUUCCAAGUUGUCCUGGUGGGCGACGGCGUUGGCAAUAUCUUUGUACUGGAUGUUUCGGCGGGGUUUCCGCUCGAGUUUUGUUUUCUCCUGGGCUUGCUCGGCGAGGUACUGGACGAACAUUUCGGUCGCGAGGGUGAUGACGAAGGCUGCGUUGUUGGAGCAGACUUGGAUGUCGGGGUCUUGGGCGAUAAUUUUUUUGACGCGGGUGAGGGGGAGCUGGGUUUGGCCGGUGACUUCCUUGCGGGGGGGGAUGGCGGUGGUGUUGUAGGGCAUCUUGAUGAGAUGGGGAGGGAGGGGUGGCGAGAUGGAGGAUUCGGUGUGGUGAGGGUGGUUACUUCUCUUGAACUGUGUCUCUGA